CAACUACAUUAUUUGUAUGUUGUUGUUUGCUAUCAAGUCAAACAAAGAAACAUCACUUUGCUCAGAAGAUCAAAAGAUGGGGAAGAAGAAAACUGUGAAGUACUUUGUGGUUGAUGCUUUCACUGAUUCGGCUUUCAAAGGCAAUCCAGCUGCUGUUUGUUUUCUCAACGACGACGACAACAGCGAGAGAGACGACACGUGGCUUCAGUCUCUCGCCGCCGAAUUCAACAUCUCCGACACUUGUUUUCUUACUCCCAUCACUGGUUUCGAUGCUCGCUUCAGUCUCCGGUGGUUUACCCCUUUAGCUGAGGUUGAUCUUUGUGGUCAUGCAACUUUGGCAUCUGUUCAUUGUCUCUUCUCAAAUGGUUUGGUUGAUUCAGACAUGGUUGAGUUUGUCACAAGAUCAGGGAUUCUUUCAGCCAAGCGUGUUUCAGAUACUUCAGAGCUCAAUGAUGGUGACGUGAAAGGAGGAUCCUUUUUGAUUGAGUUGAAUUUCCCUGUGGUUACAACUUGUGAUAUUAAUCUCAGUGAUGUCUCCUCUUCUAUGAUUACCAAGGCCUUGAACGGAGCUACCAUUGUUGAUAUAAAAGCUACUGCGACAAACAACAUCCUCGUUGUGCUUCCAUCUAUGGAAUCUGUCACUGAAUUGCAACCAAGAAUGGAUGAUAUAUUGAAAUGCCCCUGCGAUGGCAUAAUUGUGACAGCUGCUGGUUCUGCAGGAUCGGCCUAUGAUUUCUACAGUCGUUAUUUCGCUCCUAAGUUCGGAGUUGAUGAGGACCCUGUUUGUGGAAGUGCACAUUGUGCAUUGGCACAUUACUGGAGCCUCAAGAUGAACAAAUGUGAUUUCCUAGCCUACCAAGCUUCGCGUAGGAGUGGAACAAUUAGGAUUCAUCUAGACAAGGAGAAGCAGAGGGUUCUCCUGAGAGGCAAAUCCGUGACUGUGAUGGAAGGCCAUGUCUUGGUUUGAUCUGAAAUGAUAUACUGUGUUGAUUGACUUCUGCUACAAGACAAGCUCCUUCCUAUAAUGGAAUAACAAUAAAUUUACUAUUUUCAAAACAAAAUAGUGUCAGCUGACUGAUCCCACCUUGCAUGAGGUGUGGUACUCGUAGGAGCCACUGAUAGGAUAUGUCUAUGUUUACUGACCAUGUGUGUUCAUUUGUGUGUGGCUACUGUCGUUGUUACAAUUACUAUCACUGUAUUUCCCUUCUGGUCAAUUAAUUAGAUCUUGUUUGAUUUGAUAGAA